GUAGUGUAUUUGAACAGAAUUCUCUUAGGUAUGAUGCUCUUGAAGCAGUCUUAAUUAUUGCUGCAGUUGAAUAACGCUCCCAAAUGAUAUGAUGCUUGGGGGAAAAAUAGGUGAGUGAUCUUAUCUGUGCUGAUACGGCUUUAUCUCUCUUGUUUCAGGUUCCCAGCUGUAAGCAAGGAGGCUUUGCUGACAGUGUGCUUGUAGAAGUGAAUUGCAGGAUGUCAGGAGGCCUUCGGGGGCGGCUCAGUGCGGGCAGAGCUCAGCUGUGCUGCAGUGAGACCAAGGGCUCGCUGGUUACAUAAGCUGUGUGCACUGCUGAUUCCUGUUUUUGUGCUGUGUGCUGUACAGGGAGCAUGAAAAUAUGCGCCUUACCUCUUCGGUUCUCCUCAAACGUUCUGCACAUGGUCAAAGGGGAUAGGCUCCUGUUUUAAUAUAUAAGCUGCGUGGUUAUUUUAUGUGCUUAGUGAGAUCGCACGUAAUUUUAUUGUGCUACAAAAUCCAGCUGGUGCAGAAGUAAAGAAUAACCCCCCCCCCCCGAAAGCUGGCUUUGUACAUUUAGUGGAUUGUUCAUCUGCAGCAAAAAUAGAUAUUUUUUUCCUUUGCUUUUUUUGGAUGGUGAUGUGUGAUGUUCCGUAGGCAGCCAAGCUGUUACAUAACGUGGGCCUCGAAGGAGAAAGCAGCAGCCACUCGCCAUCAAAAACAGAGUAAGAAUGGGUUUCAUGGCAUAGCGUUUAAUUCUAGUAGGAGCUUUCUUUUAAACACACGAGCAGCAGUUUUUGACUGAAGGCUGGCUAAUUUCGUCUUUAUUUGGGUUGACGAGGAAACAAUUGAGGCUAAUGAUGAAACAGAAUGAGGACUACAAGGUAGUUCCUUCAGAUAGCUUUUCCUACUUGAUUUAACAAAGGUCUGGGUCUUUAAAAAACAGAAUCCAGCUCUUUGGAGCAGCUGAGACCGCUGUUGAGUUGAGUGUAAGAAAUCUGAGUCUAAAAUGGCUUUGGGCUUAGGAUAACAGGGAAUUAUUCCCUCUUGUUACCUUUGGCUUUUUGAAAGGUGCCAAAUGGAUCUGUUCUUGCAGGCUCUGUGCCUCAACCCUUCACACAGUGGUUGUAUUUAAAAACAACAACAAAAACAAAUGUCCAAAACAAAUUCUUUUCUCCAUGCUCUGUGGAGACAUCAGCAGCUCAAGUGAUUUAUGCAUGCUUGGUAUCCAUUGCCUUCCCUUCUGCUCUUUGCCUUUCGCUGCCUUUGUGCUUGCAAGGUGACUGCUGAAUGUGCCUCCUGGGGGUGGGAGGGAACACCUGGGAAAUUCAGUGUCAGCCCACUAAACUGGGGGGAAAGGACACAGAGGAGAGUGUGGAGAUAGGCUGACAGCCAGGAGAACAAAGCAGAGGAACAGCAAAGGUGUGACUCAGCUCCUUCCACAAAGGGCAUCAUCUUCAGUUACCUUGCAGAGUGCCAUUAGGUACUGUGCUUGAUGGCUUUACCUAUUAGAGGUUUCACUUGAGCUUCCCUUUCAGAGUUUAAAUUAUACUGGACAGUGGCAGGGGGAAAAACUGCUUCAUAGGAGGGGAGGUUUUCUUAAAGUCUUAUCUUACUGUAGGUAGUAUAAUUUUGUUGGGCUGCUUCCAUGUGUAGUGAGGAGAGCAGCACGGGCAAUGCCUUAGGCUGGGCUCAGCCCUCAGCCCAUCUGACCUUGCCUGUGCUGAAGUAAGCUUUGGGAAACAUUUAUUGAUAUCAGUAUAUUAAUUUAUUUCAGCAAUAUCGCAAGCAGACCUUUUUUCUUUUAACUGUGGGCUUAUCUUGUCCUUGACAGGACAAGGGGGAAUGGUUUUAAACUAAGACAGGGGAGAUUUAAGUUAGAUGUUAGAAAGACGUUUUUCACCCAGAGGGUGGUGAUGCACUGGAACAGGUUGCCCAAGGAGGCUGUGGAUGCCCCAUCCCUGGAGGCAUUCAAGGCCAGGCUGGAUGUGGCUCUGGGCAGCCUGGUCUGGUGGUUGGCGACCCUGCACAUAGCAGGGGGGUUGAAACUUGAUGAUCAUUGUGGUCCUUUUCAACCCAGGCCAUACUAUGAUUCCAUGAUCUUGACAAAUCACAGAACUAUUAAGGUUGAAAAAGACCUCUAAGAUCAUCCAGUCUGUCAGCCCAUCACCACCAUGCCCACUAGACCAUAUUCCUAAAAGGUUCCUUUAAAUGGACAGGCAGUGUUAACAAACCUAUGGAUUUUUAGUAAAAAAAAUGACUGGAUAAUAUUAGUGUUAAUGCCUUUCUUUAGGAAGGCAGAGAUGAUUCAGUCACUUGUCACAUAACCUUGAAAUAUUCAGCAAGCUUAAUUUUCCUCAUACUUGCUGUUUUGUUUCUGUUAACAGCGACAGCUUCAAUGAUAAUUUUUUUUUCUCUCUUUUGCUGUUCUUUCUACCUGUUUUUCUACUUACCUUCUUUGGAAUGCGGCUCUUAACUGUUCUGAUAAUCUUCUGACAUGGAUAAAUAUUAGUCUGUUGAUAUCAAUAUUUACUGAGCAUACCUGCUGCUUGGCAGUGUGCUAUGAAUCUUUAAUCAGAUGUUGCAUGCAUUUAGCUGCAGACUGGGAAAGGGCAAUCCCCUGCCAUGAUGAGCAUCGUUAGAAGAGAAGAUUAGUCAGGGAGAUGCCCUGAAUGUUUCCUUCCUUAUCUGCUUUUUUUUUCUCUUCAUAGCCUCCUUCUCCCACCCCCUCCUUUCAAAACAGUCUAAUGUGCUCUGGAGGACUUUACCCUGACAGUGUAGAUGGUGUAAGUGAGGAAGAGGAAACCAAACCUGCCUAGAAUGAAUAACGUCUAUAUGUUUGCUCUUUCCCUCUGUCAGCCUCUCGUUUCUGCCCUCACUUCUGUCCCAUCCACGUGGUACGUAGCACAAAGUGCUUUUGAUAGACUAGUUUUGCCAUUGGAUCCAAUGCAAAGGAGAAGGCAAGAACACCUCAGCAGAAGCUUUCACAUGCAACAGAUUCGAGCCCACUGAGAAAUACAAUAGCGGAAUACAUUGAUGGAGUUGAGAGGAAAAGAAUGUUAUUUAACUUGUCUUGUUAGCUAUGUUUGUGUCUCUUAUAAAACACAGAGUUCAGCUUCUGUCAAUGGAAAGCUUGUUGACAUGAAUGCCUGAGCAGAUCGCUUCCCUGGCCUUAGAUCUGUAGGUAUGUACCUACAGGGAUAACUGCAAAUGUUUGAUGGGAUAUCGAACUGUUCAGCGAAGGGGAAAAUAAUAAACUUGGAAACAAGAACUCUUAGUUCUUAUAAUUUGAUAAAUUGAUAUUCAGAAGCCAAAAGCACGGAGGCUUUUGGAAUGCAUUUAGAACCUAUAAUCCUUACGUCAGGUUUAUUUUUAUUGAGUGUUAUGAAGUGAUAGCCGUUAUUAACUUAAAUCAGAAUGGAAAUGUGUUUGUAAGCUUUGUAUCUGCCUCCCCAUGGAAACGCCUGCUCUCUCCCCCCCUCCCCGUGGAAUUAAGAUGAUGCUGUAUUAUGUGGAGCUCACACAGUGCUGUUCUCUUGAAAAUCCUGUGCUUGCUGUGCCUAAAUAGGUUGUGAUUAUGAAAAAAAAAACAAGUGUAGGCUGGCUUUUAGCUUCUAAUUGCUGCCCUGUGUAACCCACCUCCACUGAAGGACGGCAGCUGCUGUGUUAAGCCCAGGGCUGCUGGUGUGGGGCUGACCUGCACCUCCUGGCUGCCAAAAUAGGCUGCAAGAGGGGUUUAUGUGUGUGGCUGUGCAGUGCUGGACAGUGUGGGCAGAGCUCUGUGAGGCAUUUUGGGAUGAGCUGUGCAAGCAUUGGCCCUUUCUGGUGGGAUAAGCAGAGCCAUUCAGAGGUCCUGGCUGACAUAACCUGAGGUAUCAAAAGUAUAAUGGCUGAAGUGUUUCUUUAGGAUUGGUGCAUGAACUAAGGAGUUGCAGUAGGCUCGAUGUUUCUGCUCACUUAGAGAAGGGAGACAGAGUAGUGUGCUUGUAUUUUUUAUUUAGCUCUCACUGUAAGACAGUGAUGUCACAGUGCUGGGUAAUGAAUUGAAGCCCUGCUCUGCCAAGGGAAAUUGCAGGGCUUUGGCAACCGCUUAUCGUAGAUUUAGUUUCUUAAUCCUUCCUUUCCUAUAUUUUGCCUUUCCCAGAAAAAUCUGGAGUUUUCAGAAUUGUUCUAUUUUUUCCGCCGUUGCAUUAAAUGUACUAAAAAAUAACAUCCCCGUUACCUUUCUUCUGGGUAUUUUUAGCCCAUAAUUCCUUUAUCCUCUUCACUCCCACAUGCAGUUCCUGACCCUUCUGUCUUUAAUGCCUUGCUCUCCUUGCUAUUUUCUCUGUCCACAUCUUCUCCCUGUUCCUUCCCUGCUUCCAUUUGCCUUUUUAUGUCUAUUUUCCUGUCCCAUUGUUAUGCCUUUCUUCAGUUCAUUAGCAUGUUUUUCUUGUCUGUAGCUAGCUGUUUUUUUCUAUGAUACUAUUAAUGUUUAAUUUCAUUCCAAAUACAACUUUUCAUUUUGCAGUCUCAUUCAUAAUAGUGCAUAUAAAGAUAAUCCCUCAUCCUCUGUGAGAUACAGUAAUACCCUUGUAAAUCUUCAUGCAUUCAGCUCCCCAGAAUGACCUCCAUGGAAUUACAGAUCAUCCCAAAUGGGAAGGGACCCAUAAGGAUAUUGGAGUCCAACUCCUGGCUCCAUACAAAAAUGCGAUUACAAAUACAACCUUUCAUUUUGCAGCCUCAUUCAUAAUAGAGCAUAUAAUCUCUUCUUCUCUGUGAGAUACAAUAAUACUGAUUAUGGUGCUUUGGUUGUGCUGUAGCAAGGCCUGACUGCAACACCUGCGCUGCUGAUGCCUGGGUUCCUUGAGGUGAAAGGCAGCACUUAACUCUGAUUUAGACAUCGGUGAGCUUGUUUUAGCUGCAUCUCACCUUGCAGAGCCUCCGCCCUAAAUGAGGAAGGAUCAGGAUGGCAGAGUUGUGAGGAGAGGCUACUAACAGCUCCCUGCCUGUGAAGGCAGUGUGGCAGAGCUCUCCCCCCCCACCCCUCCUUUGGUCUCAGCAGCUUCUCGGAAAUAUUAGAGGUCACUCUGCAGCUGCUGAGCUUGCCAUGCUGGAGGGGGAUUACUGCUAUAGGAACUCAUGCCUGUGCGGUGGCACGGAGGUGAUGCUGCACUGCUUGGCCUCUGUAAGGUUGGCUUCUUGAAAAUGUUUUGCCAACCUCUGAGAGCCUCAGCAGUUUGAGUCUGAGCUGCUGCUUGAGCAGGGUCUGAAGGAAAGGGAAAGUUCCUUUGUAAUGGAACUGUGGUGCUGUGAGUUCUACUGAGUGCUCAAGUAAUGUCAGAUCUGAUUUAGUUUCACGAACCUCCUGGUAUCCAGGACUAUUUGUCAUUGGUUACUGCUAGCUCACACCCAGUGAUGCACCUGAGUUAGAGGCUGUGAAUGUUUUGGGUACUGAGAUGCAACCUUUGCUUCCUCAUAGAUCAAAAAGCAAAUAGGUACAUUUUGCUGGGGGAGUGCCUACUCCAGUCUAGCUGGUAUCCAUAAAUCCUUCAUUAUUGGUUUUGUAUUCAGCUGAUGUAAUAUGCCAAAUAAAUUGACGAUCCCCUGCAGCAAAAAGACCGUGUCAGUCUGUUAAUCAGAGUCCUCAUUAAUCAGAGAUGCUGCUGGCUUGAGUUUCACGGGUGCCAGGGACAGCUGAUCUCCUGGGCUGGAUGGGGUUUGAUAAAAAAUAUAAAGCAUGCCUAGAAGAGCAAAUUAAUUCUGUGCUAUUAUAAGGCUCAUCUUUAACUCAAAGCCUUACCUUACUUAUCACUUGGUGGCUAGCAAGGAGUUAAAAGACUAUUGCUAGGAUCCACAGCUGGGAUGUUAAUAGUCAAAGACACAGUUCUCUGGGGGGGGGGGGAAAGGCUGCUUAGGGGUGAACAGAAACGAGUCUCUUUCUGUAAUAGCGGUUUAUAACAUCAGCUCGAAACACAAGGAUAGCAAAGGUGCAGCCAUGGCUUUGCUGCUGGCAUUUGGAACGAGGCACUGCCCAGGCUUGGCAUCCACACGCUUGUCUUUCACUUCAGUGCCAAUGUGCAGCCUCUUGUGCUUUUUCAGUUCUUCUCAUCAGCUUCAUUUCCCUUGAUAUUUCUGCAUGCAUUUCUUCACUGCUGGGUACUAAUGAAUGUUUUCUGAAGUCAGGUUUGUUUGUGUGCUGCUGUCUCUGCUGAGCAGCCUUGCGGAACACACCGUGCCGAAGUGCACCAUGAGAAUUGAUCGAGGUGUGUAGUGGGAACCAAGCAUAAAAAAUGCAUAAAUUGUGAUGCAAAUGGUAUCUAGAACACCUCUUACAAGCACUGCAAGUUCAUUGCAUUAUGUUUUUCUAGCUUCUAUAGUAGCGUUCUCUGGAAGCUGUUGUAAUCACACAACAGAGUUUGGAGAUCCAAAGUGGUGGCUUCUAUCAGUCUUACAUCACUGUUUUAGUGAUCAUUAAAACUCUUGAAUAUAUUAAGGACUGUAGGUCCUGUAAUUUAAGAACUUUGAGAAGGGCUGGAAUGCUUUGUUAGGGGUACGUUCUGCUUGAACAGGCACCAAUAUUCACGUCAGAAUUUGAAAUUCCUCCUUACUUUGCUGCUUCGUAUCAAAGCUAAUAUAUAUAUUUUUUUACCAUAGUGCUGCAGUGUAAAGAUUAGCUGGCUUUUAUUUAGUGAGUUACUUCUGCAGUUUCCUAUGGUAAAGUCUGGAUUAUCAGGGCUGUCUCAAAGCACUCCCUGAUACAUGGAAGACAAACCAAACCCGCACAGUGUUUACUCCCCGGCAUGGGGCAGCUAACUCGCUGAUGUGUGAUGCGCCCAGGGAUCAGCGCCUGAGUGCUGAACUUCAUUCGGACUGACAUAAACUGUAAGUGUUGCUGGCUGAAGGCCAGAUUAAUUCACUUAGGUUGAAUCCAAACUGAGGCUGCUGUAUUUUUUUUUUUUUUUAAAGCAAAACUGUUGAGGGAGUACAGCAAGCGAAAUACCUUGAUACGCUCUGCCUCCUCCCCUUUGGGUAUUGCAGCUACUGGGGGGAGGCUAGGUACCCUGAUGCGAUCACGCAUGAAAUCUUGUUGUUUUUUGUUUCAUUAAAUGCUAAAACUUAUCCGUAUCUGACAUCCUGGUGUACCCACAGUGAUAAUUCAUCUGUGCGCAAUCUGUCACUUUAUAUAACAGCCAGAAUGGUUCAGGACAAAGGAAGGAAAGCAUAGCUUGGUGCUGAAUUCUUGAAUGUGACAGGAGAAGAAAGAAGAUCCUUGUACUUUGGGCUUCUUUUUUCAGUUGCAGCUAGAGGCUAUUUUUCAAAGCAGUAAAAACGUUCCGUCACUUAGUUAAUCCAGUUGACUUACAAUUUCUUUGUGGUUUCUAUUACCUGUAAGUUGUUGACCUACACAUAACUGAGCAAUAUUUUUAAUUACUUGCGUAACCAGAAUCGGGAAAUUUAUGGGAAUGGUUGCAAGGGAAAUCAGUUAUUGGAAUACCUCCCUCUGAAGCAGUGAUGUUUUAAAAUUUAAUUUGGUCUCAGCCCAGUAACUGACAAAGCAAAUCCUUCGCUAUUUUUCUUGGAGGCGGUGAAUCGAACCUAUAAAACUCCUUUGGGUCACAAAUGCCCCAAAUAAAAAAGGUGAUGCUUUGGGAUGAUGAACUUUUGCUUUGGAAUCGGGAGUAAAGAAACAGUUUUACUUGUAAUAACUGGAGAAUUAGUCUCAAAUGGAGCUUGUGAGUGUCGCCUUACUGUGAAGCUGUCAGCACAAAUAGGGCUGAAGCAUGAGGGAAGGCAUGCAGCGUUAUAAGAGAUGGAGCUGCCUGUGGCUCCCUUUUGUGAGCCCAGCAGCAUAGCUGCUUUUCUGCUGGACAAAGCAGCUGAAUGUAUUCAGUAGUCCUGCAUCAUAUGUGUGCAUAUAUUAUAACUAUAUAAAGAUAUAUUAUCUAUAUAUAUAAAAAUGUGUAUCUUUGUGUGUAUAUAACAUCUAUUUUUUUUCAAACUGACUCUACCAUGACUUUUAAUAAUCAGAGCAAAUCUUAAUAUAAGCUCACAAGAAGGAGGAUGAUGACAAGAUAACUUUUACAGUAUCCUUUUAUUUGUGUGGGCAUUAGUUGAUGGUACAUAUGGCUGUUUAUAUUUCAUGAAUUAUAUUUAGCACUUAAAGGUUGGCCUCUGAAAAAUGGAUUUUUUAGAGCUAACACGUCAUGAUCCUUCUGGCUAUUAAGGAAAUCCAAGUUUGAGUCAGAGCUGCAGAGGAGCUAAGCAAUGUCUGGGUGAGAUGUGCAUAACUUACUGGACCUGGAUUGUAGUGGUCUUGGCGUAGCCCUACGAUGAUGGAGCGCCUGUUCAAGAAACAUCUUGGAACAGGAAAGGGAGAAGCAGAGACCAUUCAAGUAAAAGGUUAAGAACACUGCAUUCAUCUCUUUUCCAUGCCAACAUACUUGUAAUGCGUAUUUCUUUGCUAAGGCACUCUGAAGAACAUCUGUGACCACAGUGCUUAUAGAGAUGGGCUGUCUUCAUUGGUGGUAUCAACGGUGCAACAUUAGAGAGAAGAAUGCAGGCAGCACAGAUGGCAAGAAGAGUGUUGAAGUUUGUAAGAAGGGCAGCUUGAAAUCUGAAGCCUUUGAGUCUUGGUGCAGUUCUGUGGGGUAUGGAUUCAGCCAAGCCCCACCUGCCACUGAUGGCAACCCUACCAUAAGCUGUGUGGGUCACAGAGUUGGGAAGGGAGGCUGUAGGAUAAUUGCCCAGAGAUGUGGUGGAUGCCCCAUAGAGUCAUUAAGGCUGGAAAGGACCCCUAAGAUUAUCUAGUCCAAUUGUGCACCUACCACUGAUAUUGCCCACUAAACUAAUGGUCUUUAGUACCAUCCGUGGAGACACUCAACAUCGGACUGGACUGGACUUUGAGCAACCUGAUCUAACUGUGGGUGUCCCUGUUCAUUGCAGGGGAUUGGACUAGAUGACCUAAAAGGGUCCCUUGGAACUCAAACAAGCUUGUGAUUCUAUUCUGCGAUACAUAAGGCAGUGUCUGAUUCAUUAGUUCCUGUGCUAAGCAUCUUGCUAUGAAAAGAUACGUAUGGAUGUCACUUAAGCUGUAACUUCCAUCUUAGUUCAGCUUUCUGGAAUCAGUUUUGAACGUUUCUCUAGUCAGCUUGAUACUUCAGCUUGCUAAAGAAAGAAAUAUUUCAUCUUGACUGUUGAAGAAAUUCGACAAUCCUAAGUCAAACUUUCUCAUCCUUACAGUUAUUGAUGUCAAUCAUUGUUGACUCCUUUGUUCCCAGUUUACUGCUGAAAGUCCAGCUACUUCUACAAAUUAUUCCAUCUCUUUUUUUAUGCAUUUGUACCAUGUUAGUAUUCACUUGAAGCUUUUGAAGGUAGAUUCGUGCUUUCAGAGCAAGCAGCAUUUUGGUAGUGCCUUUAUACCUUACUGCUGCUUCUCUGGAGAUGGAGGUACAAUGCUCUGCAAUCUGACUGAUCCUACCUAAAUGGGUUUUUGGUGGGAGUGCAAGGAGGAAGCACAAGUUUGCCAUGGCUGUUCCUAUUUAAAUGCUGUGGUGAGGAAGACAGACUUGGUGUAAUGAGAGAAAAACAAAUAUUUUGAAGUGUGACUUGCCUAUUUCAAUCAGCUUGGCAUACUUUGAAAGAAACAUGAUGCCCUGUCCUUACAAGCAAGGCUUACAGGUUCUGGGAAGACCAAUUAGAAGUAUUCUGCACUGUUUCACACGACAGCUCUGAUGCCACUUUAACUUAUCUGAGCUCGCUCUUGGCUUUGGGAACGAGCAGCUAAUCCUCCCUCUGGCCAGACCAAGGUGUUAUUUCUGUUGAUUUGCUUUCUUUCUGGUUCCUAGCCAAAACACUGCCUUUAUAUGAUGGCUGGGUUUGCUGGUGCAAAUAGGUGGGGUUGGGCUUCCCCCUUCCUGUCUUUCCCUUCCCUGUCCCUCCUCUGUUGCCAUAAGUCAUCUCUUCAGUGUCACAGCAAGGCAGAGCAGAAAUGCAGCUAAAUAACAGAUAGCCAUGCCCUGAGCCAACUUGCUUGGCCCUUCCUUUUUGUUUAUUUGCAAUACAAGACAAACCUAUUGGAAGUGCAUCUGAUACUGCUUUAGCAGUCAGAGGUGAGCCCAAGUAACGUUUGCGAGGUUUGAUUUCUGGUGUUGCCCCUCCAUUUUUGUGCCUUCCAUCUGAUUGAGGUGCGUAUCAUCAAUGCCCAAUGUCCCUGUGCUAUGGGGGUUCUUGCUGUUGUGCCUUCAGUAGCCUGUGAUUUCUGCACAGAGGAUAAUGUCUGGCAGUAAACUUCAGUUUGCAGUGCAAGCUUUCAUUGUAACAGAGGAAGUGUGCUGAAUGUCCCUGUUCAUUGCAGGGGAGUUGGACUGGAUGGCUUUCAGAGGUCCAUUCCAGCUCUAAGGAUUCUAUGACUAUGAGUCAGGGUUAGAUGGUGGUAGCUGCACAGGUAAGUUUGUAGUCAGCUUGGUGUUAGAUUUGUACCAUAAGGCACUAACGUUCCUUACGGUGAUGUAUUUCUGUAAGGAGGGAUGUUCAGCAUUCAGUUGAGCAUUGAAGCAUUGAUACACAGCUUUGCCCAAGAGAUGAGUCGUCUUUAUCUGGUCUGCAGAAGGCUCAGUCACAUCGUGUCUGUAUCUGUCAUCCAUAGUGCUUGUGGUGAUAGCAGGGCUGGGAUUUGCCUGGGCAACGCAUUAUUUGGAGGGGCUGACCCAGUACUGUUAGUUCCUUGCCUAAUUACUGUUGUCAUUAAGUGCUGGAUCUUUGAGAAACGGUGUAGCUCAGCUGUUUCUCUCAGCAGUGGUAGCAACCUGUAGCAAUUACCAUCUGCUUUACGGAACGUGGGAGCUGGCUGCAUUAGAGAAAUUGGCACUGCUGCAAGCAGAUGCGUUGCUCUGAGACGUGAAAACCUCAUGGAGAAGAUUUUAAUCGCUCUUGAAGCUUUAUGUAACAAAAUCACGUGAUCCUGAGAUCUGUGCUGUCGUCACCGUUUGCCCUUCUUGUUUUUGUUGAUCGUGACCAACCACUAUUAAACUGUGCCAACUUUGAAUAGAAGCAAGUGGGUAAUCUUUAACGGGCAGAGCUUUGUGAUUCUUGAAAGUGCUGCAGAGCUCAGCACUCGCGGUUAAUAGUGGAAUGCUAAUGCUAAUCUCACGGCUGCCAAGGAUUGAAAGGUAUUUCUUCAGGCUGUGGCUCUGGGAAAGCUAAUCAGCAGGUACUAAAUAGAUACAUCAAUGAAAGUGACAUUUCUCCAGAAACGGGGCUGUGGCAGAAUAACCAUGAAAGUGUUAUUCUUGGAGCUGCAGCAACACCUCAAGAGCUCCUCCGGUGCGAGCGUGGUAGCCAUCGACAACAAGAUCGAGCAGGCCAUGGACCUGGUGAAGAGCCACCUGAUGUACGCCGUGCGGGAGGAGGUGGAGGUCCUGAAGGAGCAGAUCAAGGAGCUGAUAGAGAAGAACUCGCAGCUGGAGCAGGAAAACACGCUGCUCAAAACGCUCGCCAGCCCGGAGCAGCUCGCCCAGUUCCAGGCGCAGCUGCAGACUGGUUCCCCGCCAUCCUCCGGCCAGGCGCAGGGCACGGCACAGCAGCCCGCCCAGCCGGCCUCACAGGGCUCGGGGCCCUCGGCGUAGCCAUGGGUGGCACCGCCGCCCCGCCGGCCUCUGGACUGCCCGCAGAAGGGCUGGUGGCGUGCGGCCCAUCCCCGGCACCUUGCAGGACUCCGCACCCCGCCAGGGGCUCCCCGCACUCAUCUGCCUCCCUCGUCCCUCCCUCCCCUCUGGUUCGAAGGAGGCUCCGUUCUUAGGUUGAUCGAGUGAAACAAACUUCUUCCAGAGAAUUAGCACAAGGACGCUGGGACGCGAGCAGCUUCUGCAGGUGGCUGAGAAACGAAGCUGCAUGCCUGAAUUUUCCUUUUCGUUUGUUUGUUUUUAAAUCUGCUCAUCCAGUGAUGCGACCCAUACAAGUGCUUUUCCAGCUCGGAAACGUGAAGAGAUAGACUGGAGUGAAAAACAAAGUGAUGGCUCAACCCCCAUAGUGCACCCGAGUUCCGAGUGAGGACCGGUGCGUAGGACCUCAGAGGAAGAGGGAGAAAGGUAAACUCAGUGUUCAACACUUAACUGUCACCUGAAACCUUAAGUGCAAAUAUUUGCACCGUUUUCUGAAGCAGUGGACAGGUGCAUAAAGCUGUAUUAUAUAUAGAAGGCAGGUAGGUGACGUACAGCCGGGUCAUAGGAGAAUUACAAUGAAGGUUAUUUGCCUACUGUAUAUUUGUGUAUUUAGUGUAAUUACUUUGUAAAAUAGCAAACUGUAACUAUUUAGGUUGUACAGAUUGAGGUUUAGUUGUUUCAUUGGCUGAUCUGAAGAAGUUUGGGAAGUUUUUUUUUUUUUUAUGCUACAUAAACAAGAAUGCACCUACGCAACUGUUCAGAAUUUGGCAGAUUUAUGCUGUUUGUGUAACUUCUGAAGUUCCCUGGCUGCUGAUUAUCUUGAAGUAAAUCUUUCUUCAUUGUAGUUUGGUUCAAGACAGGAAAAACCACUCCAAAAAUUACCAAGCCCCCCUAGCAAAGAAUUAAAAAAAAAGAAAAAAAAAUUGGAUUUCCCAGUAUGAAUUUUUGCAUAUGAUCUGUAUAGUAGUAUGCAUAUGUUUUUGUGCAUGUUCUCUAAACAGUUGUAACACGUCAAUGUAUUUAACUGUUGCACUUGUCAACUUUCAAUAAAGCAUACAAUGUUGAUAAA